AUGCGGCUUUGGAGAUCGUUGGUUUUAAAGAAAUCUUGGGCCUUUCGAAUUCCUGGCAACACACAAAAUACAACACUACUUCAAAUCUUACCUGUCACGUCGUCAAGACCAGCUAGCAUUAGGGUCGGUUUAUCUUUGCCUAGUUAUUCUGGGAACCAGAUUCAAACAAAAAUAUCGAGGGCGGAGAUGUCGGACGAUAAUAAAUUCUGUGAUCAGACCAUGGGGGCUGCUGAGGAUAACGCUGAGAUUCUCAAUGCGACUUCAGCCUCUAAGGAUGUGAAGGAGCCUCCUGUUCAAGCGGAAUCCAGUCAGAAGGUCGAAGCUGAGAAGCCGCUACCAAAGCUGACAGCUGCAGAGUUCAAAGCGUAUAAUAGAUUAGCGGUUGUCAUGGAUCAAUAUCACAACCAUUUCCGCGCAACAUGGACAGAGAUUAUCACAGGUUUAAGGAAAUCGCGGCCGAAGAACCAGUCACUUCGUCAAUUUCUUAGCAUUGCACAAGGGUUCUGCCGGAUGUUAGAUGCCCACCACAAUAUAGAAGAAAGCUACUUCUUCCCCAUUCUCGCCAAAAAAAUGCCUGCCUUCCAGAAACACAAUAAGGAGCAUGGGGAGAUGAUUGCUCAUCACCGCCAGAUACACAAGGGUCUUGAUAAGUUCGAGGAUUAUGUGAACGCAUGCAAAAGUGGCGAGAAGGACUUUGUUGCAUCUGAUAUGCUAGAACUAAUGGAGUCGUUUGAAAAGGUGCUAUGGCAGCAUCUGGACGAAGAAGUUCAACAACUCGGGGCGGAAAAUAUGCGAAAGUACUGGACGCUUGAGGAGUUAAAAAUGAUACCAAUGUAG